CGCACGCACGCACUCACACACACACUCACGCACACACACUCACUCACACGACACGAUUGGCUCCGAUAUAAAGCUGAGUGAACUGGGUGAGGGAUCGAUCAGAUUGACUCGCAGUGAUCUGGAAUGGAAGAGCUGAUCAAUACUCAGUCAGACGCUGUUGGUAGACUGGCAUUCAAAUACAUGGAGAUGUGUAAAGUAGACUCCAGCUCAGACUCUGAAUCAGAGUCCAACCCCAGAUGGUCUGAUGUCAGCAGCAAGGGCUGUGAAAGCAGCACUCCAGAAGCUCCUCAGAAACUCCAGCAAAACUACCAGCAGUGUCUGGAUCCCUACGAUGGAAGCUCAGAAGACUCUGGCUCUUCUGCUGAAGGCUCAAGGAAGCAAAGGCCCGGCGGGUUUCGCACGAAAGGGACUGGCCGUAGAUUGACCUUUAACCCUGCAUCUGCUCUCCGAGACGAGACGCCAGCAGAUCUUCACCGUGUGGAUGUUCAGAUGAGGUCCUCCAGCGACUCGGAGCUAGAGUCUCCACACCAGGGCUCCGACUCCGGCUUCCACACCAGAUCCUCGCUGAACUCUCGAGACACGAGCCUCGGGCUCCAGAGCGCGUCUCCAGACAGCCCUGCUCUCCACGCAGCCUUCUCCAAGAGGAAGCUCUUCCCUGCAUCAGACGACGGGAUGCUGAGCAAGCGGCGGUGCGUCAGUGACGUGGAGCUGGAGAGCGGGGCUGUCUGAGGUCAGGAUCAGACCACAGCAGAGUCUCCGAACCCUGUGCUGCUUGUGAAGGAAAAUAGAGACACUCUAACGACAGAAAGAGGUUUGACGUGCAGGUGUUGAAAUAUGUACGAGAUGAUGGACAGGUUCAACUCUGAUGUCACACAGCUAUUUCAGUAAUAAAUUAAGACUAAUAAAGCUAACCUUAAUUCAUGAUUUCAUGUUUCAUCUCCGGCUGUUCACGAUGAGUUUGCCUUUACACUCAGUGAGCAAACAUGUAUGUAGUGCAGCUGUCUGCAGACGGACGGUGACAAGAAUAAUAUAUAUAUCUGUCAGAAAGCUGAUGUCAUGAUGAAUUAAUGUCUGGAGAAACAGGCCAGUUUCACUGGGUUUCUU